AUGAUUAAAAUUAUUUUUACCUUUAUUUUAUUAUCUGUUUUAUUGUAUCUUUCUGAAUCAAAAUUUGCAAAUUUUUUACCCCACUCAAAUAAUGAUUGUAGUGAUGGAAAUCCAUAUGGUAUAGGUUAUUCAAUACAAUUAAAUAUAUGUAUAUCAGCUAUUUCAAGUAAUCUUUUUUUAAAAUUAGGAAAUAGCAAUAAUAGUAGUAGUAGUAGUAGUAGUAGUAGUAAUGAUGAUAAUGAUAAUUUAUUGAUAGUAGAACAAUAUGAAGGUGGUGAAUGUUCACAAGAAAAUCCAACCACAACUAGUUAUUUUAAAUUGGAUAGUAAUAAAAAUACUUGUAUUACAACACCAUAUUUUCAAGAAUUAAAUAGUACAACAAGUCCACCAAUUCUUUAUUCAAAGGUUGUUAUUAGUGAUAUACCAAUUUUUCCCAAAAAUUCAAUUGUUUUUGGUCAAUUUGAACAACAAUGUAUCUCAAAUAAUCUAUUAUAUUCAUAUUCUUUUUCAAAUGGUUUGAAGCUUAUUGAAGAUAGUGCUAAUAAUAUAACAGAUACCUAUAUUUGUUCAAAGAACAGACCAGCCUUACAAUAUUGCAUUGCUGGAAAAUGUAUUAUAAAAAAAAUUGAAGAGAAAUGUAUUGGUACAACUGACUUGAAAAUUAGUGCAUUUUGUCAAAAUUAA